AUGUUGAUUGAUAAAAAUAGAUCUCUCUCACUUUUUAUUGUAUUUGGAUGCUUUCUUUACAUCUUUAUUUUAUUGUUAUUUACAGAAUGUAUUUAUGACACUAGUAUUAUGAAUUAUAAAUUAAUAUUUACUGGAAUAAUUGCAGUCUCUUUCUUUGUGCCGAUAUGUCAUAUCAUUAUAGGAUAUAAAUAUUCAGUACGAAUUUCACUACUUUUCGCAUCAAUUAUUAUGUCUGCUAGUAUUUUACAAAUAUUUUAUAGAAAAUCUGUUGGUUUCUAUUUUAUUGAUAAAUCAGAAGCCAUUUCUUUACUUCAAGCCAAUAAAAAUAGCACUAAAGACAUAAAUACACACUGUAGCAAAUGGACAUCUCUAAAUACUGUAGUAGUAUUAUUUUAUAGUGAUAAAGAUGUUAAGUUACCAGAUAUCGCAUCUACAAUAGUAGAAGAGGAUUUUGAAAAUUAUAAAAAUUAUUUAAUCGUAAAAAUACAGUAUUUAGGAAGUAAAAGGAAAACAGUAGAUGAUGUCAUUUUUGUUUCUGAAGAAUUUAAGAAGCUUAAUAUUAAAUCAUUAGGAGAUUUAAAACUUUUAGCACAAAUGCUUAAUUCUAUACGGUACUCUGAAUUACCUAAAAAUACUGUUAUUUUAUUGAAGGUAGAUAAUUUUAAAGAUUUUACUGUAUGUGGGUUUAACAGAAGCAUACAGAAAUAA